AUGGCGUCGACCGAUCGUGACGUACUGGUUGCCCUAUAUAACGCGACCGAGGGAGCUAAUUGGCAGAACAGCAUCAACUGGGGCACGGAUGCUGAUCUCUCGCAAUGGUUCGGUGUCACAGUCAACCACCAGGGCCGCGUCGUGCGGCUAGAUCUAUCUUUCAACAACCUCCGAGGCCACAUCCCGCCGGAGCUCGGGAACCUCGCAGCGCUGCAACGCCUCGGCCUUGACAACAACGUGCUAAGCGGUCCCAUCCCUGUGGAGCUUGGACGGCUCGCCCUACUGGAGCACCUCAGCCUUGGGGGGAACGAGCUAGCUGGCCCCAUCCCGCGGGAGCUAGGGAACCUCGCAGCGCUGCAACGCCUCGACCUUGAAGGCAACGGGCUAAGCGGGCGCAUCCCGCCGGAGCUGGGAGCUCUCAGCGAGCUGCAGGUGCUUGCCCUCCACAACAACAAGCUGACAGGCCCCAUCCCAUCGGAGCUUGGGCACCUUUCAGCACUGAAGAGGCUCUACCUUUCCAACAACCAGCUGAGCGGGCGCAUCCCGCCGGAGCUGGGAGCUCUCAGCGAGCUGCGGGUGCUGGCCCUCGACAACAACAAGCUGACAGGAAAGAUACCGGAGGAGCUAGGGAAGCUAACUGCGCUAAAGGAGCUAUUUCUGAACCACAACCAGCUUUCAGGAAGGAUACCGGAGGAGCUAGGGAAGCUAACUGCGCUGCAGGAGCUUGUUCUGUUCAGCAACCAGCUUUCAGGCAGAGCACCAAAUGUGCUAUGUUCAGUAAAUGCAUGGUACCUGGUAUUGUUGGACAUGUGUCCCAUCAACCGGAACAUCCCGAAGGAACUUGGAGCUCUGAAUAAGCUGGAGACCCUUGAUAUUCACAGCAACCAGCUUUCCGGACUGUGGCACGCGCUGGGACAGGACGAGACUGGUUCAAUGGCAGCGGGGCCAGGUACUCUUCCGGUGCCAUUAGCCUGUCUUUUGGACAGCCUUGAACGGAUUUACCGGUUGAGCGUUGCCCAAAACCCGUGGGAGAGUCCUCCCGACGCGAUCGUGGUGGGUGGUAUUCCGGCGGUGAGAGCGUACUUCGAAGCCAUCUACAUGGGCGGCACUACCGCUGUGACCCGACCUCUCAAGGUCGUCAUCGUUGGAAAGGAGACUGUUGGAAAGACCAGUUUGCGCCGCAGCAUCAAGACCGGGAAGCCGUGCAUGACAAGAGGGGGUGGUGAGGAGAGCACUGUUCACGUGGAUGUCGAAGACCACGAUCUCGAUGGUCACCCGAUUCGGAUGUUUGAUUGUGCCGGUCAGGUUGUCUACUACGGAUUGCUCCAGCUGUUUCUCACCCCUCGUGCUGUGUACCUGUUGGUAUGGGAUGCGGCGAAAGCCAGCGAGAUGGAAGGCUUGAACCUUGAAGACCUUGCGAUUGCUCCAUGGCUACGACACUUGACGUUCCGCGUGCCGGACGCAAGUGUGAUACUUGUGGGAAACAAGUGUGACCGCGUGGUAAGGACCAGGCGUACCGCAGUAGCGGUUGACGUGGAACAUGAGAGCCGCCAAUGGCUGGAGUCCUGGAUAGAGAUUGCGCGCGGACAUCAACCACGCGGAAUUUCGUUGGAAGACGGCGUUAGUCUCGUGAGCUGUGCAGCAUCUGGCGUAGGCGCCGUGGCACCGUCAUUCGGUAGGAGGUCAGGCUGGCCCUGCGACAAGAGUACGCCGGGGCUUUUCCAUCGCAUCAUAUACGACUCUACCGAUGACACGAGGGUUGUUACCAUGCGUCUUCCCGAGAGCUAUCGACUCGCCCUUGAGAUGCUGGAGGAGCUGGCGUCAUGCAGUAGGAGCAAGACCGAGCAACAAACCCGCGGCAUCACAAGAGCGAUUUUGGAGGAAAAGUGGCAAGCCAAGGUGGCUGAGAUGAACAGAGCCGGAACGUCGGUGGCGGCCCCGGACGCGGCCAUGGCUGGUGCAAUCUUGAUCAGGAAAUGGGAGGGGGGACUGGUGGAAUACGGCAGCUACGUCUUCCUCGACGUCGAAUGGUUCGCCACAGUUCUGGACCCUUUGUUUUGUCACAAGCGAGAUUCAUACGGGAAAAUCGACCUUGGUGGCAUUAGGGUGAUGGACGUUGACAGCUUGGACCGGCUGGACGAAGAACAUGUUUUAGAGCCGCAACUCGCUGAAGACCUGUGGGGCCCAGUGCUCGCACCGCAUCUUCUCCUGGCUUUGAAGAGUGCAGGACUGACAUUUCCCCUAUCGAACGACUCCAAUGGGGGCUUGGUUAUCCUUCUGCGCAUGGACACGAAGCCCCCACCUGACUACGGUAUCAAGCUCAAGGAAAAAGACCAAGCUAACAAGUUCGACCUGAGGCUUGUUGUUGAAUGUUCGUUCCGUCUAGGGUUGCCUCCCGGCUUUGUCGAGCGUCUCCUGGCGCGGUGCUGCCACUUGGGCCUCCCAUACCCGUUCUGGAGAUACGGAGCUCUGAUAGUGGGGAAAGGCGCGGAAGAAAGGAUGUUUUCACUGAGUUUGGAGUACUCUGAGGCGCGUAAGAUCCUGACGGUCGAGGUGUCCGGGGGGCAUACGGAGGUGUUCGCGUGGGCUGCUUUGUCAAAAGUCCUCUCCGUCACGAUCAAGAUGCUCUUGGAGUUCCCUGGUUUACCUUGCAGGACAACGUUUUUCUGCCCACUCCACAAGACCAACGGCAUGAAGAUCAGGACUAAAGAUGCACGGCCUGGAUCCUGCCUGGUCGGGGAGAGUGACUUUUGUAAACUAUGUCAGGACCGUUCGGCGGCUGUAGGCCUUGUGGCGGUUGCUCUUCAGGUUGUGGAAUUCUCAGACGAGAAGUUCUUCGAUGAACAGCUUCGUGAGCAGUUCGCCGGGAAGGUGGCUCUCCAGGGUUGUGCGUCAUGGCCUGGAAGCAACUCCGAGGUUUCUGGUCCGGCCCCUGUCCACAUCAGUCCGAGCGGCCAAGCAUCCGCACAGACUAGUUCGAGCAGCCAAGCACCUGCAGAGACCAGUUCAAGUAGCCAGGGUUCGCGAACGCCAUGGUAUCAGGACGUGAAGACGUUCGUAGGCGCCGCCAGUCUGGUAUGCCUCGCUGUCUUUGGGGUGUUCCAUGACGAGGAAGAUGACGACCCUCGUCUAUGGGGGGUGUUUCUGGGCCUUGGCAUGUUGCUAGUUGGAGUAGAGUUUGGUUUAAUUGCCAGAGAGUACAAGCUUUUGUGCUUCACACCAAGGGCCGAGGCGGCGAGCGCUGGAAAUGAACGGCGGGGUGAGACCCGUGUAUAGACCCCGUGCGUGUCCGAAUAAUGAGCUGCUGGCAGAGGGUUAUCGGGUUUUCGCUUUGCAAAGGAUACGGGAAGAGCUCUCGCGUCGCUGUGAAACAGCGUUUGGCAUGACUACCCAGAGCGUGUCUCGUACAAUGGGAGCACGAUUGAAAAGUCGUGAGCGUUUCGAAACGAAGCAGUCGUCACGAGCGUGGGGAGCAGAUACGAAACUAAGUGUGAUGCCGGGAGCAUUGCAUGUGAGGAGAAGAUGAGGGAGAUCGAUACAGAUGUGGGGGUGGUCAUGGUCGAAGUGCUAUUUUAGGUUGUCAGAUUCACCACCCCGAGGCGACGAGCAAAAUAACUAACAAGGUGGGCGCGUUUGGUACAUGUAUUGCUUGAGAAAAUUGUAAACAAACGUAAAUGACGCUGACGUCGAUACAGGUUGUUCGGAUGGCCGUACAACAGUAUGCCCUCGGGCUGCCCAGAUUUGGACUACACAUUGGUAGUGUAGGCAGUAAGUGCCAUCGAGGUGAAUUUGUUUUUCGUCUCAUCUACUUUGGGCGCCGGUGCACCUUUGGGUAUAUGUAUGCAUUUUACCCUGCGCACAAGGGGCCCUCCAGUAGAAAUCUUGGAGCACUUCAGCUACGUGUCGAUCUUGGUCGACGGGGGAGGGGGGGGGGUAAGUCCUUAGAUAUAAAUAUAUAUAUAGUUUUUUUUCUCCCAUCAUUGGACUCUGUCGUCUGCCUCUCUGACAUCCAUCCUCCACUUCUACUAGCUAGACGACCCAACCGGGGUCACAUUGGAGGGGGGGUUGGGCCCCCUUCUGCGCUUCCUGCCUGAGAUAUUCUUAUCGCGAGAAGGGUACAGCAAUCCCUUCCCUCGCGACUUAUGAAGUCGAACUAGUUUACUAACAACGAGCUUUGCAG